GACCGCUAGAGAAGCUCGAGACUACGGUCCACGCCCCCCCCCCCGGACCUGAUGGAGGAGCUCGUGAGCGAGAAUGUUCCAUGUGACCGAGGCUCCGUACAGAACAUCUCGUUCUCGCGGUCUUAACGUUUUAUUAAUUCACCCACCGAAGCACAGCGAGACCCCCGUCCAGCAGAACAGCCCAGCGGACCCCCAGCAGCCACAUCCCGUUCCCAGGACCGCAGGCUGCAGAGACUGCAGAUCUCUGUGGCUACCCCACCCCCCCCCACCCCCACCCCCCCCACCCCCAGCACCCAGGCCCCCUGUUGCCCACGUCCAUCCUCACACCGUUGGGACUGGAGACGAGGCCCAGAGGUUGCCCCCUCCCCCCCGGGAACAUAUCCGGCUGAGUCUGGCGAUGCCUCAGCCUAGCAUCAGUGGGAUGGAGCCACCCUUUGGGGACGCAUUCGAGAACUAUUCAUUUGCUGACCAAGCCCUGACCAGUACUGACCUGCUCAGCAGCAGCUCUGACCCCGACUUCAUGUAUGAACUGGACCGCGACAUGGACCCGCGCCAGAGCCCCCGCGGGGACAGAGGGGCCGGGCUGGCCGAAGGCUGCACAGAGCACAUGAGUGGCAUGGGAGGGGAGUGCGAGGCGGUCUGCAGCGGAUCGGCCUUCGAGCAAUGGGACUCGUACUGGGAAGACCUGACCAGAUACACACGGCUGGCUAGCUGUGACAUCUGGGGCACCAAAGAGGUGGACUUCCUGGGUCUGGACGACUUCUCCAGCCCCUACCAGGACGAGGAGGUGAUCGGCCGCACGCCCACCCUCGCCCAGCUCAACAGUGAGGACUCCCAGCCGGUGGGCGAGGUGCUCUACCCCUCCGGCGAGCUGCUGCCGCCCGGCCCCCCGCCCCAGUGUCUGUUGCCCCCGCCCUCUGGUCACAAGAGGCCCCCGGGCUUCAGCUCGGGCCCGGGGCCCACCGCCACGCGGCCCUCGCCGGCUCCUCCGUUGUCGCUGUCUCGCGCUUUCGGGGGCCCGCUGCCCGAUUUCCCUGAGGGUUCCCAGAAGGCCACCUGGCCGGUGGCCUCCAGCACGGAGAGCAUGGCCAAGACCCAGAGGCCCCUGACGCUCACCCAGGACCACAUCCACACUCAGCUCAAGACCAAGGCCAGCCAUCAGGCCAUGAUGGUGGCCCCGCCGUCUCACGGUGCCCUCUUCGUACGGAAGGCUAAAGUCCGCGUGAGCGCCGGCCACCAACCACAGACGGACGUCCUCCACCGGUACCCAGAGGUCAAGGGGUCGGACGUCCCCCUGCCCCUCUCCCAGCCUCCAGAGGAGAUGGCCUCCACGUCAGGCAGCAGCCCGGCGGCGGGCGCGGCGGCGGCGUGCGCUCCUCUCCGUGGAGGCAGGGAGGGGCCGGGGAGGAGGGAGCCAACCGCCGCCGCGGUGGGGAGGUCUGCGGCCGCGGCCCCCCAGGCCGAGGCCCCGGAGAGCCACGCCCAGGGGGGCCACGCCCAGGGGCCGGGGGCCGUGGGAGUCGGCCUUGUUGGCGCCGACGUCCCCAUGGACGAGGAGAGCAGCGAGAAGAGCAAGGAGGAGGAACACAACUACUCCCUGUUCCUGACCCAGGUCAGACUGGCCGGCAGGGCCCCCCCCGCCCUGGAGGAGGAGGAGGAGGAGGAGGAGGAGGAAGAAGAAGAGGAGGAGGAGGAGGAGGAGGAGGAGGGGGAAGAGCAGGAGGAAGAGGAAGACGGGGAGGCGGCGGAGGAAGAAGAAGAGGAGGAGGAGGAGGAGGAGGAGGGAGAGGGGCUAGAGCUGGACGAUGAAGACCACGAUGAGGGGUUCGGCAGCGAGCAUGAGCUUUCCGAGAAUGACGAAGAGGAGGAGGAGGAGGAGGAAGAGGACGACGACUACGAAGCCGACAAGGAUGACGACAUGAGCGACGCUUUCUCUGAACCAGGCUAUGACAUGGAGCUGGUGGAGGACAUCAAAGGCCUGACGGCAGGCGUGUCCAGCCGCAAGCGAGGGAAACGCCGCUACUUCUGGGAGUACAGCGAGCAGCUCACCCCCUCCAAGCAGGAGCGCAUGCUGAAGCCGUCCGAGUGGGACCGCCACACGCUGCCCAGCAACCUGUACCAGAAGAACGGGCCCCUGCACGGAAAGUACAAGCUGAAGAAGUCUCGGCGUACCGACGUGGAAGACCUGACUCCCAACCCCCGCAAGCUUCUGACCAUCGGCACCGAGCUCCGCAAGCUGAACAAGGUGAUCAGCGACCUGACCCCAGUGAGCGAGCUGCCGCUCACCGCCCGGCCCCGCUCCCGCAAGGAGAAGAACAAGCUGGCCUCCAGAGCGUGCCGGCUGAAGAAGAAGGCCCAGUAUGAAGCUAAUAAGGUCAAGCUGUGGGGGCUGAGCACUGAGUACGACCGGCUGCUGUUCGUGAUCAACGCCAUCAAGGAGGAGAUUGUGACGCGCGUGAAGGACUGCUCCCCCCAGGCCACCAACAUGGCCGACACCCUGGACCGGCUGGUCCAGGAGACACUUGCCUAUAAUGCGCUUCUCCUGGUCCUUGCAGUGUCCUCCCCCGUGGCCGGGCAGACCUCAGACUUUGUGAACCAGAUCUUGGAGAACACGGGACAGGGGGACCCCACGGGGGGCCUGGUGGGCCUGCGGGUUCCCACCUCCAAGUGCUAGACGUCGGGGGUCCGGUCCACGGAUAGGAGUGGCCAGUUACCACCGUACUAUGUCACUGUAACUAUGUCCUCCUGCAUGCCCCUCCCCACUAGAACACACAAACACACAUACACACACACACACACACACCACACACAAGCGCGUCCCUUCCCUUGUGUGUGUGGAUGUGCCGUGCACGCCUACCCUCUGUCCUCGCUGUCCGCAGCUGGGUCCCAGGGACCAUGUCCUCAUCUCACCACCGAUCGACGAGCCUGCGGGGAUGAUGUGUGGAGCCAAGGACAUUGCUGAUCUGUGGUGGCUGGUGUUUAGCGUAACGCUGUGUCUGGGUCUGUGAGGGCUCAGCUCUUUGGGUCAUAGCUGGGUCUAGGAAGGUGGCCGCUGAGGUCACCAUAACCACGUUUCACCUUGGAGACGGCCGUGUGUUUAACCGCGUCAACACCUGACGGGCCCCGGUCUGUACAACCAGUGGUUUGUGCAGCAAAGCUGGAGCAUGUGUAAUGUAGAUGACCUGCUUCGAUGUAUGAUUAUGAAGUUACCAACGGAGCCCUGCUAUUCUACGUUUAGAGAGCCCAUCAAGAAUCCGACCCAUACCAUUUAAGAGCCGUCCUCUCAAUAGAAAGGAAUGGGAGCGACGGUGCAAAGGAGCCCGCUCUGAUGGCUGAGAGCUCUGGUUUGAAUCGCCAUUGAGGAGCAGACAGCCAGGGGGCGCUAGAGGUGAACGGUUAUCUCUUCUGGAACCCUCCACUUCCCCUUUUGUUGUAAGAAGUGACUAGACUCAGUGUCUGGUUCAUACUGGUGUUUGAUCCCAGUUCUAUUCAUUGUGCCUUGUGUGUUGGGUGUGUGUGUGUGUGUGUGUGUGUGUGUGUGUGUGUGUGUGUGUGUGUGUGUGUAUGCGUAUGUGUGCGUGUGCGUUUGCAUGAGAAGGAGAGGUAGGGAGGAUAAAAAAAAAAGUAUGAAAAAAAGAAAACGAGAGACAUGAUUGGUCCAAGCUCCCGAAGGAUCAGCCAAUCAGAACCACUUGAUGUUGAGUGGGCGGGUCUACGAGCAACAUAGGUCACCCGAGGACACAGCGUUGGGGUUGUGUAGUUCAGCUGUAAAAAUAUGUUCUGAAUGUACAUGGAAAAGGAACCUACCAACGUGUGAUGCCACAGAGUCUGUGUAUAUAGGAGGGCUCUGCAAAAGGUGACUUUGGUUUUUGGUACUCUUGUCUUUGGGAACGGGAGAGAUUAGACGAUAUUUUAGUUACAAAAGAAAAAAAGAUUUGCACACUAUAUAUUUUGAUUGUUUUUGUACCAAAGACACAUGCAACGAAAUGGCGACUAGCCAGUAAAAGUAAGGAUUUGCACAGCUUACCUGACGCCGUAUUGAAUGUAACACAUGUGGGGGGGGCAGGGAACUUCGUAGAACUGUGAAAUUAGCUUGGGUCCAAUUCUGUACAGAAAAGGAGCAUAAAUCUACUCUUUAACUUUCUUUUAUUGUUUUCUUAUUUACUAAUGAACUUCCUACCAUCCUAGUGGGCUUCACAAGUAGACCUGUUGCUAAGUAACGCUUCAUUCCUGAGUCCUCCUGCUACUAGCUUGUUUGUGGUGGGUUUGAGUAGGACAAGCGCUAGUGGAUAAGCUAUAUUGGAUUUCCGUCUUGUUUUUGCUUUGUUUUGUCAAAGUUUCACUGACAAUAACCAAAAUGUUAUGUAUUUGUGUUAACUAUAUUUCUGUAUGGAGAUUUUGUUUAUGAGCAGAAUAUUAACUGAAUUGUGUUGAAAUGUGUUUUUGAAACACUGUAUAUAGUCACGCCCUAUAUCUUUGGUGAUUUGCCACUUUCUUUUCCAUGACAAUUGAUUCGUUAUGAAGCAUGACACAUUUCUAAACUAUCUUUGCAUUGGAGACGAUAAACUGAAUAGAAAGAGUACAAAAAAACAAGCAAAAAAAGGUCCUUGCUAUAUUUUUGUAUUUUAGCUGCCCAUUGGCUCUUUGCUGUUGGUUCGGAAGUGUUUCAUAGGAUACGCCUCAGCGGGGGGGCUCUCAUGGGGAGGGGGGGGGGGAGUUCUAACCUUUGACCCCCUCUGGUUUCACUAGAAUAGAGACGUGGAGGUUUGGAGGAGGGUUCUCAGGACCUUCCUGGACAUGUACUGCCUGAGGUCAGACUGAAGACAAAAUCUCAACGGUGCCCAUGCUGGUCUUUGACAACCGGCCCGGGACGGACAGACACAGACAGACCUCUGGAGCAUUGUGCCAUAAAGCCUGAUUCAGCCCCACAGGGGGACGCUGGUGUUCACUAGCACCUCCCACUGAGGGGGAGUGGAGUGCCCUUUGAGUUCAGGUCAUGGGAGAAGGUGACGUCCUGCUGGUCUUAAGCUGGUCCAACCUCAGCUCGAACUGAAACCAGCCCCAGCUGAUUGACCCUUCAUCCUGACCCUAGGAUGAGGAGCCCUGAAUACUGGCACCUCCUACCGCCAAGGCUCCUCCCUCAGGGGCCACCCGGGCCGUCUUACUCCUGUUGGGGGGGGGGGGGGCCUUCGCUGGACCCAGGCACCCGUUGUGGUCGGGGGGGGGGGGAGGAGCUCUUAUGUUACGUCCUUUGAUGCUUUCGGUGACCUUGAAGCGUCCCUGUGCUGAUGGUUGGAGAACAGCUAUGUUCCACGUGAUCUAGUUUUACUCCUGCAGUUUGAUUCUGUCCAAGAAGGGAGUAAUGGUGCUUUUUCUUAAACUACAACCAUAACUUGUUCAUCAUUCUAUUUGCCAGGAGUCCAGUUGUAGCUCUCUCUCUCUUUGUCUCGCUCUCGCUUUCUCUCUUCUCCCCCCCCCCCCCCCCCCCCCGAUAGAUUAUUCCAUAGUUGUCAUUCAUUUUUGUAAAUAGCCUAUAAGGUAAGAUGUAUCUUCUCAAUGUUCAAUAUAGAUAUAUGUAAAGAAUAUGAUAUCUUAUAUGUUUAAAGACAAAAAGCACUUUGUUCCAAAAAAAAAAAAAAAGCGAAAAAAACAAAAGCAUUUUUUUUUCCUUCCAUUUGCUGCUACGAGGCCUGGGGUGAAUGCUGCGCUGUACUUGAUUAUUACUUGCUAGAAUAAGACACGGUCCAGCCCGGGGUAAGGUCUACUUCCUGCCCUGGUGUGGGCUAUUUCCUGUCCAGGUGGAUCUGUGGCCUGACUAGUCGAUGGGUCUGUUUGAAGCCAUGUGAUUACAUGAGGUAUUGUAUGAUAGCACAUUGUUGUGUGGCUUUAGGAUCCUCUGUCUUGACCCUUUCUCCCUCUUCUUCUGCGGUCGUGUGGUGCCUGGUUGAGGACAGCCUGGAAGGCACGUUGGCGUUGUGAGCUGUAGAGUUCGGUGUGACUUCCAGGGCCCUUACAAUGUUUGAGAGGUCAGCCUCCCGUGGUAUCAUGACUCAUUUGCCUUCAGUAGAGGUUUCCUAUGGAAAAGACACUGCUUUGGCUUCCUCUUCAGGGUGAUGUACAGUGUAGACAUUUCUCCAGAGAGCUAUAUUGUUAUCAUUUAUAAACUGAUUUCUACUUGUGACUUAACGAAGCGGAGAGUAGCCCAGGGCCGGUGGGGAUAACCCAUGAAAAGAGCUUCUUCCCGGCGGCUCUGGGGGAGAAAAUUAAAGUUCCUAUAUCACUGUACUGUAUGGAAAGCCAAUCACAAAUGGAGACUCAAUCCGGACACUUAUUGCCUUCUUAAAUAACCUUUUCACACACGCAGAACAAAAUAAAAUAGCGGCGUGGUCAGCGACACAGGGGCCCUGCCCCGGGCUGGUGUUGUCCCGCUGCAUACUGUCAACUCCAACCGAUCAGUGAGGGCCUCAUUGGCUUCACCAAACACAACCCAGGUAGCAGGAGCCGGAGGAAUACAUUGGGACUAAUGGAUUCAAAUACUUCACCUCCUCGGGGGGCUUUCUUUUGACUUAACAGGCACUUUAAACAUUUGAGGCAUAUUCUCAGCUAAAGUUUUAUUUUGUACCUCCGUCUGGUGAGAGGCCGCCAUAGGCCCUUGUUAUUGUUGUUGUUGUCGUCGUUGUUGUUGUGUUAUAGUUUGAGCCAGCCGAUAGGGGGGGCGGAGGGGGGACCUGAGAGGGGGUUGGUUCAGGGUCUCCGGGCUGGUUCUAGAGGGGGUGCUCACAGGUUUCUACAUUUGACGUGAUGGUGCAAGCUGUGCAACUUUACCACAAACCACAAGACUCUGUGGCAUUUGAACAGUCGAGGGUAGGAGUGAUAUUCUGCGCCAGUAAAAUUGUUCCCUGUGUUCCUUAUUUUUUUCUCAAAAUAUGAUACCUAAAGAGUCUUUAAUUAAGCUAAUUCAUUGUGUAAAGUUUGUGCUACUCUUGUCCAAUAAAAGCUCAAGUGAUUACAUCCAUAUAGCUCUUCUUCAGCAGAUCAGGGGUACAUUGUUCUUCUGCUCCAAAUGGUGUAAUAUGACAUAUGAAAUCAAAAGAAAAUAUAUUUGUGUAUUCAAGUUAAAGUCGCCAUUGUUUCCUCUGUACAAGAAAUAUUGCAUACGUGUGUGUGUGUUCAGGAUUCUCAAUGUAGAUCAAUAAGGUGCAAUGCUCUUUACACAAACAGAAAGAGGGCCAACUGACUCAAGUGGAGUCAACUGAUUUUCACUGCUGUGGAAUGAGCUUUUUUCUAGACAACAUUCAAUCUGUUCCUUUUGAAGGUUUGGACUCUGAUUUGAGGUUCAAUUCAACUUGUGUUUGCCUUGAUGACGCUGAUUACGUAUGAAUACAUUCUAUUCUAUUUGAAAUUGCAAUCCAUUCAUACUAAACAGCCGUAAUGAUUGGCAGUAAAUGUAUCUAGGCAACGGGACAGAACCCAGUUGGACCAAUCAAACGACAGCUUCUUGCUUUAUCCAAGAUGGAAUUGUGUUUGUGUUUAUUAUUAACAGUUAUUUUUCUGUGUGGUUUUGUUUUGCGACUCGAGAUUGAGAUUGGAUUUCAGUGUCCCUAAUCAAAUUAUCUCACUUAUAAGUCAGUAUAUCAACAAUUCACAACACCUUGAAGCAAGGACUUAAUUCAAAGCAUUAUUGAUUAAUAACCAGAAAUAUAAACAGGAUAGGAGGUGUUGGCAUUAUGGAUAUAAAUAAAAACAAUCCUAUUUAUUACAAAUUACUUACAAAAAAAUAAUAAUUCUCUGCUGGUUAUAUCAAAUCUCGGAGUGUGUAUUUAAGAUAGUUUAUAUUAUUUAUUUUUUCGAUUUGUCUUGUUCUUGCUGGUGUAGUCUGCCCUUGUUGCCUGUAGAGGUCCUCAGUGUAGAGGACAGUUCUGUGCACCUUGUUCCUUAUGUGUUAAAUACAUUGUUGUUUCUAUAAGGAGAAUGCCUUUGGAAAGUUAACUGUGCAUGCAUUGUCUGUGUUAAGGCCCAUGUUACAGGAAAUGUGUUGCUUUCCAGACCAUCUGUGGACACUAGUAACACAGCUUUCAUGCCCAACACAGAAACUGCAAGUUUUCUCUCUUCUUCUCUUUCCAAGAAGUCUGUACAUGCAUCUGAUACUGAGGACAAGGUUACCAAGUAGUUUGAAUAGGGUUUCUCUGCAUAAUGCAGCUACCAUAUACAUAUAUCACGUUUAAUUUCCAGAUUAUAGCAGGUCAACAGACACACCUUCCAUUAUUUGUAUUAAUUGUUUUAUUAUUUACAUAAUCUCAAAAAGAAAGAAUCAAGGUAAUUUAAUUUAGAAUAUGAUACCUGCUGAACCAGGUGCCUUACUCAAACAAAUGAGAACACAAAGUUAAUCUGAACGGUCGUCUGGAAGGGCGCCACCUUCAGAGACUCGACCAACCGAACACCAAAUCCCUCCUCGGGGACAUCCCCUGCUCAGAUACACAUUUCUGAUUGUUUCUGAUUGGACUCAAUUGAUAUGACUGGCCUUGAGCCACAUAUAAACUAUUGCAUAACAUGGCCCUAUGGUUUGAGUUAAGUGUAGGGCUACUCUAAAACGAUGAAAUUAUACACAUUCUUCUGAUUAAACUACUAUUGGUUUAGCGAUGUGUGCUUUUUGUUGUAAUUAUGAGAAUCUUUGAGGUUUUCAGUAUUAAUUAAGCACAUAAUGGUAAAAUAAAACUGUCUCAAGUCAAUAUUGAAUCUGGAAUCCUGGUUCUAAUAAACCUUCUCUGCCCACUAGGCCCCACUGAGUAUGCAUUGGAUGCAGCCUGUUGCUGGUGCGUUUCAUGGAGAGAGGAGCGCCUAGGACUGAUGGAAGUGACUUUACUGACCAAGGCUUUUCUCGCCUCUUUCUCUGGCUUCCAAUACAAUGUGCAGUGCUGCGGCCAAUUGUGUACAUUCUAAAGAAAGAAUAUGAAAGGAAAAACGAAAUUACCUUUU